AUGGCUAAGCAAGGAAGAGCUGCCACGUUACCGAACAACAUUAUAUUGUUGCAGAACCUGGUCAAGAGAGACCCUGAAUCCUACCAUGAAGAAUUCCUACAACAAUACGCACAUUAUGAGUCUCUAAGAGAUAUCUUCUUGCUUCAAGGUGUCGGUAGUGACACCGUCAACGGUAUCGAGACCGGUUCAAACACCGUCAAUAUGACUGUCGAGUCCGAGAACGCUGUCGGGUCCACCGCCCAAUUAAUCGAAUUGAUUGGUUUUGUAUCCCAGGUGUGUUCAUGUUUCCCCAAGGAAACCGCUAAUUUCCCCAAUGAAUUAAGACAACUAUUAUUAGAUCAUCAUACAAUGUUACCCUUUGAAUUAAAAGAAAAAAUAUUGACUUCAUUAACCAUGUUACGUAACAAAGGUGUCAUUACACCUGAAGAAUUGAUUCAAACUUUAUUCCCUCUACUUGUUGCCUACUCAAACCAAGGUAAUUCUCUUGGUGUUAACUCACAUGCCAAGGAAUUAAGAUCUUUGGUAUACAAGGGUGUUGUUUCAUUGAUGAGAAGUUGUAACGUGGGAUCCAAGAAUCAAAAAUUGAAUAAAUCUACUCAGGCCAUUUGUUUCAACUUAUUAGAUGAAGGUGAUUCUAAAGGUAUUUGGGCCGCCAAGUUGACUCGUGAAUUAUGGAGAAGAGGUAUUUGGGAUGAUUCAAGAACUGUGGAAAUCAUGACUCAAUCUGCUCUACAUGAUGACGUUAAGAUUGCUCUAAGUGGUAUUAUGUUCUUCUUAGAUGCUGAUAGAGAACGUGAAGAGAAUUUCGAAGAAAAAUCUGAUGAUGAGGAUGAAAUUGAUGUGACAGCUUUAAGACAUCGUUUACAAAUUAAUAAGAAAUCUAGUAAGCGUGGUAAGAAAUUAGAAAAUGCUAUAAAGACUGUGAAGAAGAAGAAUAAGAAGAAUGCUAAUGGUAAUGAUGGAUCCAAUGGGUAUUUGAAUUUCAGUGCCAUGCAUUUAUUAAGAGAUCCACAAGGGUUUGCUGAAAGAUUAUUUAAAGAACAUCUUUCAGGGAAGAAAAGUAAUAAGUUUGAUAUGGAACAAAAAAUACACAUUAUGCAAUUGUUAUCACGUCUUAUUGGUACCCAUAAGUUGACUGUUUUGGGUAUAUAUACCUUUUUCUUAAAAUAUUUGACACCAAAGCAAAGAGAUGUGACUAAGAUUAUGGCUGCCUGUGCUCAAGCUUCUCAUGAUAUGGUUCCACCUGAAGUGUUAAACGUUAUGGUGAGAAAGAUUGCAGAUGAAUUUGUAUCAGAUGGUGUUGCCUCAGAGGUGGCUGCUGCUGGUUUAAAUACCAUUAGAGAAAUAUGUUCUCGUGCUCCAUUGGCAAUUGAAGAAACUUUAUUACAAGACUUAGUAGAAUAUAAGGGUUCCAAAGCUAAGGGUGUCAAUAUGGCUGCUAAGGGUUUAAUCUCAUUAUAUAGAGAAGUGGCCCCUGAAAUGUUAAAGAAGAAAGAUCGUGGUAAGACAGCCUCUUUGGAAUUACAAGCGAUGGCAAGAGAGGGUAAAGGCAGAUCUAAGAGACCACAAUUUGGUAUUCAAAAUGAUACACAAGGUAUUGCUGGUAUCGAAUUAUUAGCCAAAUGGAAGCGUGAUCAAGGUGGCGAGGACGUUAACGAGGAUGAAAGUAACGCCGCUAAUUGGGAAGUGGAUGGUGACGAUGAUGAAGAAAAUGGAUCUGAUAUUGAUGGUGACUGGGUCACUGUGGAGAGUGAUAAAGAAUAUGACGUUAAUAUGGAUGAUAGUGAUGGUGAAGAGACGAAGAAAACAAAGAAGAAGGAUGAAGGUGAUUCAGAUCUUGAAUUAAGUGACGAUGAUGAUGCUGAAAAUGCCAAGGAGGCGCCUAUAGAUGCUGAGACAGCAUUCCAAGAAUUAGCCUCCACAAGAAUCUUGACCCCUGCUGAUUUCGCCAAGUUGAAGGAGUUACGUACGGAGGAAAACGUAUCGAAGAUUAUGGGUGUGAAUAAGAAUCAUGGUGAGGAUAUAGUGGACGUGGAUAGACUAACGGGUCCAAUCAAGUACAAGCAAACAAGAGAGGAAAGAAUAGCUAAGGUGAUGGAGGGCCGUGAGGGACGUGAGAAGUUCGGUAGUAGACGUGGUAAACGUGAUCAACAGCGUUCCACCACGAAUCGUGAGAAGGAGAGAAGAAAGAACUUUGUCAUGGCGAUCCAUAAGAGAGCAGUGAGAGGGAAGCAAAAGAUGUCGCUAAGAGACAAGCAGAAGGUGUUACGUGCACACAUCACGAAGCAAAAGAAGAAGGGUCAUUGA